GCACAGCACUAACCCACAUUCUAGAUUGAUGCAUUUCCAUGGAAACAUCCUGGACACCGUGCAGCACGGUUGCUAUGGCGUGGGCCUUAGCAUGCCGGUUCCUUUCUCUGCCAUUGCGCUGUAUCCUCUGUUCCAUCUCUCCUGGAGUGCAGAGCUGUGUUUCCUCCUUCCAGGCGUCUGUCAUUGCAACACUUCAUGCCGUGGAACAUGGCUGCUCACCCACAGCUUUCAGGACGCUUUGUGGGAGCUUCUCAGCGGGCAUUGUAGUCCCGGGGGUGUAGUGGGGAGAAGGGGGAGCAUCUGGGAUUCCGGAAAAUUCCAGUCAGCCCACGGGGAGGCACGCUCGCAGGACCAAAUGGAAGAGACUCCCAGAACCAGGAAGAAAGUUCACUUCAGAGAAACACGAGUGGACAGAUUGGACCGAAGGAAGCUCUUUCGACAUUACACCGUGGGGUCCUAUGACAGCUUUGAUGCUUCCAGUGACUGCGUUAUUGACGAGAAGACGGUGGUUAUGCAGAAGCGGGACAAUGAGGGAUUCGGGUUUGUGCUGCGAGGGGCCAAAGCCAACACACCCAUCGAGGAGUUCACGCCUACCCCAGUGUUCCCCGCUCUGCAGUACCUGGAGUCCGUUGACGAGGGUGGAGUGGCCUGGCAGGCGGGACUGAGGACUGGAGACUUCCUGAUCGAGGUUAACCAGGGCAGCGUGGUGAAAGUAGGCCACAGACAGGUGGUCAACAUGAUCCGGCAGGGUGGCAACCAUCUGGUGAUCAAGGUGGUAACUGUCAGCAGGAAUAUGGACCUGGGGGAUACUGCUCGUAAAAUAGCCCCACCCGCUCCAAAGCGGGCCCCUUCCACCGCACUUUCCAGGCGCUCCAAGUCUAUGACAUCAGAGCUCGAGGAGUUAGUGGAUAAAGCCACUUUGAGGAAAAAGAAGGGCGAUGCUCAGCCUUCAAAUAUUGAAGGUCUGAGGAAGAGGAUUGUUUUUCAAGUCACACUAAAUAAGGUGGACGAAGUUACCCCCUCCCAGAAACCACUGUGGGACGACAUGUCAACAGACAUGAGGGUGGCCGCCAUUAAGCCACGCCCAUCCAGCAGGUGUUUGGCCACGCCCAAGGAGAUGAACGUGCAGUUUGCAGUUGAGCAGGUGGACCUAAUGAAGUGGCCGUCCCUGUACGAGCGCCAGGGCAUUGCCGUAGUGUCCCCCACAGUGCCAGGGACCCCUGCCGGGGGGUCCCACCUGGGGGUGUCAAAGGGAACCAUGAGGAGGCAGAAGUCAAUAGGAGUAACAGAAGAAGAAAGGCAGUUCCUGACCCCUCCACUGCUGAAAUUCUCCAGGAGCCUCUCUGUGCCUGACACAUACCAGGACAUCCCGCCUCCACCCGCAAUCUCCCCUCCAGCCCCCCCUUACAACAGCCCCAAACCACCUGUGGUCGGGGGGGACAGUGGCACCAUCCGGCCGGGCUUCACCCCCAACUCCGCAGCCAAAGACACUGGCUCCCUGACUCGGGGUGACUCCAACAUGGGCACCAUGAGGAGGCACAAGGGCAUGUACUGCCGGCAGAGCUCUGAGCAUUUUGACUCCGUAAAUCCUUACAAAACCAACGUCUUGAGCCUGCAGAACGUGCACAACCACAGGUCCAGCGUGCUUGAGAAUCCCUACUCAAAAACGGGGAAGCCAGGUGUCAAGGCUCUGUAUGUGCCCGCCAAGCCUGCCAGGAGGAAGGGCAUGCUGGUGAAACAGCUCAAUGUAGAGGACAGCCCAGAGAAGACCUGCUCCAUCCCAAUCCCCACCAUCAUCAUCAAGGAGCCAUCCAUCAGCAGCAGCGGGAAGAGCAGCCAGGGCAGCAGCAUGGAGAUCGACACGUCAGCGUCCGACCACCCAGGCCAGCUGCGGCCCGAUGGCAGCCACAGAAAGAUCUGCAACCGCCAGAAACGGCUAGAGGCCCACCGCUGCUCCUCGGCCUUCAUCUCCACUGACCUGGGAGAUGAGGACGUAGGGCUUGUACCCGUCCCCGCCCCCCGUCUCCGCCAGUCCAAGUCCAUUGAUGAAGGCAUGUUCAGGAAUGAUGAGCAUCUGCACAAGCUCAUGGACCCACCUUCCUCACUCCUGGUUAUCCCCCAGGGAGAGAGAGGUGGCAGUGGAAAUGUGACGGACUUCACUUCCCAUGAAUCUACGCUUGUGAGGGUCCCCCUGAGCACGUGCACUGGGAACAGCCCCCACCUGGACAGCCCUCUCAGCCUGCCCGUGACCGUGGGCAAGACCUAUAGCAGCAGCAACGGGGGCACCUAUGUGCACCCAGUUACAGGGAAAGUGCUGGACCCCAGCUCUCCGCUGGCCCUGGCUCUGGCGGCCAGAGACCGAGCCAUGAAGGAACAGCAGGUGUACCAGCCACCACCUCCACAGCAGUCCAAGACUGACCCCCCCAAGCCUGAUCUCAACAAGCCCCUCUUUAUUGACACCAAGCUGCGCCCCAACACGGUCACUGCCACGGGCCGGCCAGGCAGGGGGGGGCUGCGGAGGCAAAUGACAGGGGCUAAGUACGAGACAAAUUUGGCAAAGGAUGAAUCUGAAAAGGUCGAGAGGACAAACAUGUUGAUUGACAUUGUGGACACGUCACAGCACAAGUCAGCCGGUCUCCUCAUGGUGCACAUGGUUGGCAGAACCACACCUGAUGUGAACAGCCCAUCAGUGGGGGAAAGAGAGAAUACCAUCACCGAGGGCCCAGACAGCACCCCAUCUGAACUGCGGGACUCCAACCAGCCAGUCAUCCCCGCUGGCAAGCCUCAGACCCCUAACACGCAUGAUCCUGCUACCACCACAUCACAUAGCAAGGCCUUCAUCUCUGUCAGCUCAGUGGAUGACUCAUUCCAAAAGCUACCCUUCCACAUCCCCCCACCACCCCUGGCCUCUGUCGACAUCACUGAGGAGUUUGUGUUCUCUGAGCCCCUACCGCCACCGCUGGAGUUCGCCAACAGCUUUGACAUCCCAGAGGACCAGGCUGGGGUCAUCGUCAAGCUGGUCAAACAGCAUAAUACUGGGACGGGGGCAUCCUCUCUUGCCCCUUACCACCACCCUCACCAGGGGGUGGGGACUGCAGAUGUGCGGAAGUCGCCAGCAAGCCUGACAAGCUGUGUGCCCCCUGAGAGUUUAGAGCCUGUCAACGAUUCAGGAAUUGAGGAGGCAGACAGCCGGAGCAGCGGUGACCCCCGCCUGGAGACCACCAGCACCGUCUCAACCGUGUCCAGCAUCUCCACCCUGUCCUCAGAAGGCGGGGAGCCCUUGGAUACAUGCACCAUCUAUGCAGAUGGGCAGGCAUUUGUGACGGAUCGGCCCCCGGUCCCACCUAAGCCAAAAAUGAAGCCUAUCAUCAACAAAUCCAAUACAAUUUACAAGGACGCUCUGAUUGAGGAAGACCUGGACACAUUUGGGAUGCCUCUGCCCCCUGCUCCUGCCCUUCCCCCUCCCUCAGGUGGUAGCACCCCCCCUUUGGACCCUCCCAAAACCCCCACACAAAGGACCUCAAAGCUCUGGGGCAACCCACCAGAGCUCACAAGCCCACCCCUGCCCAACCCCAAAACCAACAUGAUGAGUGAACACAACUCCGUGCUGCAACAGAUGAACAGAGAUAGAACAGCCAAGCCUGGGGAAACACUGGACUCUCCCACAGGAUCUAGAGCUAACUCUGGAGCAAGGGCUCUGGAGGUCUCAGUCUCAGGUACACAGCGAAACACCACAGUCACCUUCCCCACACAGCCUGGUGCCCAUCAGGCGAACAGCGAGCCCCACCCCCUCACCUCCCCUCCGGACUCCAGCCCCACCCCUAGCCACGCGUCCUCCCUGUCCCACUCUCCCUCCCCCACGCUGACGGAAGUGUUCAGUCUGCCCACACCCCCCCUGUGUUCCGGGCCGUGCAGCCUGGGGUCGGGGGGGAGCCGGUCCUCGUCCCCUCUCACCCUCGCCCAGGCUGUCUCUGACAAGCCGUUUGCCUCCAAGCCUGUCCCGCUGUGGACCAAGCAGGAUGUAGCGGACUGGCUGGAGAAUCUCAACCUGGCUGAGCACAGGGACGCCUUUAUGUACAACGACAUUGAGGGAGCUCACCUGCCCAACCUGCAGAAGGAGGACCUGAUUGAUUUGGGUGUGACUCGAGUGGGCCACAGAAUGAACAUAGAGAGAGCUUUGAAACUGCUGAUGGACAGAUAAGGAAGGCCUCCUUUCCUACCAUAGGAUCACUUCUGUCACACCCCCCCCCCCCCAAAAAAAACUCCCUGUUCAGCGGCUAAAUGAAUGUUCCCAUUGGGAUUCAUGAUCAACUGCGAAUUUGAAUGAGAAUCAGUUUUUGAAUGAAGCACAAUCACGGCGAAUGUGGGUGAGACCACGGGCGCCAGGGUUUGAUUUUUAUGUGAGACACACAAGGGACAAAUCACCUUGGAAUAUGACUAUUUCUUUACAACAAAGACGCUCAAAGAAUGUGUUGCUUCUCACCUAUUUGUCUGGAGAGGACAUGAAGCUGACAUCAAAAUCACUUUGUUUGUGCACACACAAUAGAAUCCCAGACUUAGUGUUUUUACACAAGACAAUCAACUUCAAUGUUUUUACACCUCUUUCAAAUCAGUAGGGACACAAUUAUAGCAAACAAUUUCAUUGAGUUUUGCUUUCAUUUGCUUUCUUGUUCUUUCUUAGGGCCUGGUUUAGAUUUCCUUUUAAACUUCAGUAUAUCUAUUCUAGUUGUCCAAAAGUUGUAAAAUGUGUAUUAGUCCUGGCUGUCUUCCACACCCAUACAACUGAUCAUUCCCACCUCAUUCUGGAAAAAGUACCAGAUGAGAAAUGUCAUUUGUCCAUUCAGAAUAAUUUCAUAACCCAUUUCCUCAUUUUAGUCUGAUCCCUAAAUGGCAAAUCUUAUAAUCGACCAACACAGGCUACCACCUCUCGAAAUAAAGAAACAUUUGCUUUAUCAUUCCAACUUCAGUGUGUGCACAUGCAGAUUUGUAGAAGGGGUAGUGAAAUCAAAGAAAAACCCUGUGCACAUCAAUGUUGGAGCACGGAACUUGGUAAAUGCUGAAGAUUUAGACAGUAAAGAGAGGAUCUCUUUGCGCUAACUGUGGGAGACGCCUGUACUGUUCAAUCUUUCCUAUACAAGGAAGCACUCAUGGCACAGUGUGCUGCUACCCAGACAAUUACAAAAGAUGUGUAAUUCAGAUUCUGAAAACCAUCAGUAAAGAAAUGUAUUUGUAUAUUCAGUAACUCCAAUUUAGAAAAUCAGUAUUCGUUGUCUCUCCAAUAAGGUUCUACCAUCAGUAUUUUGGAGUGGUUGAGAUUGGAAAUCUGACUGGAGAUCUGUCAUUAUUCCAGGGGGAUAAAAAUAGAUAUAACAUAGAUAUAGCCCAGUUUUGCCUUUGUCUACUUUGAAACCUUGGUUGGUAUUAUAGUCCUUUUAUUAACUGUUAGGAGGCAAGGUGGCGGAUUCAGCUACACUUGAGGCCAAAAGUUUACAUACACCUAAGCUAAAGAUAUUCAAAAUAAGGUUUUUCACAACUACACACACAUUUCAUGUUACCAUACAUUUUCUGUGUUAAGUCAAUUAGGGUAUCUACUUUAUUUC